AUGUACAUAUUAUGUCUGGAAUAUUACGGAUAUAGUGUUUCCAUAAAUCGAAUUGACACAAAAUAUUGUAAUAUUAUUAAUAAUUCUAAAAUAAGUAGUAGUAAGGAUCCUCCAUGUACAAUUUUAUGCGAAGGAAUUAAUGCCACAUUCACAAAUUGUAGCUUUUCCGGUAACGGUGAUGAAAUUGCUCUCUUUGCUAAUGAUCGCUAUGGAAAUACAGCUGAGAUUUAUGUUUAUGAUAGUUAUAUUGAUAAUCUUGGAAAUAUCGUUUUUGGAGCUGCUGAUGUUACAGAAAACAUACAAGAUUCAUAUACUUUCUUUGUUGAUCAACUUGCUAAGAUUUGUUCGAAAUCGAAUAAAACAGUUUGCACAUGCAACAAAACAACAAUUAAUUUACCCCUUAUUCAUACCAAACAGUUUAUUAUGCUUUAUCAAAAGAACAAAUAA